UGAUUGUUAGUAUUCAUUGUGCCGUUGCUCAUGGCGUAGCUCUAGCGUUGCAGUGGUUGGCCCUGUGCCGAUGUACAAUCGCUAUCAAUUUAAUUUUGUGUCUCAACGUGGUCAUCGUAUUAUUAAGCAGUAUUUUCCUAUUUAUUAUUACCUGCUCGCUCGUUGUUACAUACUUAUUAUUAACUUUUGCGAGUUGUCUUUGUCUUUCACCAACCAACGCUUGUCCUGUGCGACAACUUAUUUUAAACUCUUCCUUCUAUUUAUUAUGUAGUAACCAAGAUUGAAAGUUGAUUUAAAUCAGUGUCGUCGUCUUACUAAAUAAUAUGCUAAUCAGAGAAAACGCCGUGAUUUUUUGUUUGGUGGGGUGUGCAAGUGAAUUGAAUGAGGGGUGACCGGCUGCUGAGUUAAUAUUAAAGUUAAAACAUUUCUGAUUAUUAAACAUUUCAAAGUGAAGAUUACGAUUACGAAUCUUAAUCUUAAUCAUAAUUAUAAUUUACGAUUACAUACAUACAAAAUUCGUGCUCAUCUAUGUGUUGUUCAGCCAGUGUGGAAAAGGGCUAGGGCAAAAUAAUUAAUCGACACAGACGAUGUGGUCACGGAAGCAGCGAAGCUUGAAAAACAAAAUUAGCCAAGUCUCAAGCAGCUUCAAAUCAAAUCUUCUUAAAGAAUAAAAAAAAAUCAGCGUUGUGAAAUAUCAGCACAUGCAGAAUUUUAUGUUUGUAUGAAUGAAGACGGAUUAGUCAAUGUGAACAUUCACUCAUCUGAAAUCUUUUUUUGUAAUGUUCGUAAUUUCAAUUUGUGACUAAAUACUUACUUUUAUAGUACGAAACAGUGCUCACAAUUGUGGGGGAUUAAGUCUCAUCUGAAAUCUUUUUUGUGUAUGUACAUAAUUUGUGACUAAACAGUAUGAAACGGUGCAAAACAGUGCAAAAACUUUGCAAAAUUGUGUGUUGGGGAUUAAGUUGAUGUGCAAUCUUUAUUUAUUUUCGCGACAAUAAUACAUCUUUACAGUAAAUGAAAUGAUGUGUGUCGUCGUACAACCAGGAGAAUCGCUUCCCCAAACUUAACAAAAAGUAGAACGACUUGCAUUUUGCAGUUGCAUGCAUGCAAAUUCUUUGACAAGUUUGUUGUUUUGUUAUGGUUUGCCUACAUAAUUGGCACUUGGCAGUACUGUAAAAAAAAGUGCAAGUGACGACUUAAAGUGCCUCGUGUUAUGUUGCAUUUCUUGUGCACUUUUGCAGGUGUAUAGCUUGUAACUGACUGGUUAUUCUUCACAAAUUGAAUUGAGGUUACUUUUGCAUUUCGUCGUAUGUGCUAAUUGUUGUUGACUUUGUGUUCGUAUAAUAAGAAAAGUUUACCAGCCACGUUAGGUUUUGUCCAAGGACUUAUUCCGUUAAAAAAGUUAAUAAUAAUGGUAUAACUAAAGUUUGAGGAAAAUAUAAAAGUCAAAAUUUAAGUGAAGUUUGGAAUAAUGAGUUCGAGGACUUAUUCAGUUUGAAAAAAUGUAACAAUUAACGUUGGAGGAAAAUAUUUAAGUCACAAUUUAAAUGCAGUUUGGAAUAACGAGCAAGAUGAUGAAGGAACUCUACGUCCUCCUCUUAAUGUACUUUUCCCACUUUCUGGGACAAAGCGGUACGGCGCAGGCGCAGUCACCCCCAAAAGUGGAAGCUACCCCCAACGCUACGACUUCCAGUGCGGAAGCCGACUUUAAAAUUACGGAGGAUGAAUUAAGAAUGGACAUUGACGAGAGUGACAUUGCCCGAUGUCACUCGCACGUGUCGAACACGUUUUUCAAUCAAGGUCUCAGAUUGGCCAUAGGUUCGAUGAAGAAUCGACUUCCUGACGGAAUUCCGGAAUAUGGAAUCCCACCCAUGGAGCCCUUAGAACUGGACCCCAUGCACAUUGUCAUAUCCAGAAUACCCGUCGAACUUAACGUCACCCUAAAAGAGAUGAAAGUCUGGGACUUGACCACCUUCACAAAAAACAACUGGUUCCUCGACGUCAACACCCGCAUCCUCGACAUGUCCCUCGUCGUCCCCUCUUUCCUCGUCACCGGUCACUUCACCCUCUUACCGAUCGGGAUCAAAGGAAACAUCUCCAUCAAAUUCGACGGGGUCACAAUAAAAGCCAAAACCAAGAUGAAAAUCAUCGACACUUCCCGCCAACCUAGGCAAACGCCCAUCAAAGCCGAUCGGGCCGUUUCGGACAUGAAAUUCGACAAAGUUCGGAUCCGAAUGACGGACCUUUUCCCGCACGAAAAGGGGUACGAGGAGCUAAACUAUGCGUUCAAAGUGUUCACGGAGAAAUACAGUGAGUUACUCUACGACGAAGUGAAACCCUUCGUGAACGCGGGAACGGAGCGGAUAAUUUUAGGCAUUACGGACGCCGUUUUGAACAGCCCGGUUUUUACGAGGCGGUUACCCGCUAACGGGAUUUUGCCGGGGCUGAACUUGUCGACUUUGACGAAUUGGUAUGACCGGGUGAGAAACGCGUUGCAAGUGCAGUUGCCUUCCGUCGUGACGCGGAGUAAUUCGUACCGGUCGCUGAUUUCGCUGUUGGAAGCGGCGUUUAAGUCGUGUCGAAGUUAUACGGAUGUUACGGAUCACUUGACGCAACCUUUUAUCAAUUUGUUGGGACUGAUUGCGCACUGAAGUAGAUAAAAGUAGGUAUUUAAGCAGGGGUAGGGGACAGUGGCCGCGGAAGUGUGUGUGGGGACAGAUGUCCUCAUGAUUGUUCGAUGUCCGAAUCAUCUGCCCAUCUUAUAUAAACCACUUCCUCCCCUAUCCUGCAGUGUUAAUGCCCCCAGAUGUCCUCAUCGCUUCCGCGGUCACUAGUAGUGGAUACGUGUACGAGAUAAAAAUUCCCGUUUUUUUUGUUAACGGACCGUCCUAAAAGUGUCCCCAGAUGUCCCUACAACUUCCAGAUAAGAGUCCAGUUUUUUACAACGGACCGUCCUAAAAGUGCAUUUAUUCUACAAUGUUAAUAUUCCCAGGCGUCCCCGCAGCUUCCGUGGCCACUGGUACACGAGAUAAAAACUCCCGUUUUUUGUUAACGGACUGUCCUAAAAGUGCAUUUUCUUCACGCGUUUCAAACAAAUAGUUACACAAUAAACAGACCAUGACCACGUAUGUUGUAUGUACCGGUCAAUGUCGUAGAAGCGUCGUCUUCGUCGUGUAUUGUCAUCUGUGUAGUCGUCCCCGUUUUGUGAUACAUACAUAAAAAACAAUGAAAUAACAAAGCUCACAAAGCAACCCAACCCGAAAAAAAUAAAAUUUCGAUGAAACAAAACAACUCCACACUAGAGGAUGUAUUCUUCUUCAUUUACAUAUUUACAACAAAAAAGGUUAAGUUGUUAAUUGUGCUGUGAAAUGAAAAAAACUAUACCUUCAUUUAAAAAAUAGACUGGUUUUAAUUGUAUCGUAUAAUAAAACAAUGCUUAUGCAGAAUAAAAAUCUAAAAAUUCAAGGGAA